AUGAUGCUGAAGCAAACAGCGAAGAAGACUUUUCUAGGAUUACGGAAUUCGAUGGCGGGGUGUCGAUUCUACCACGAGAAUGUUAUAGAUCACUUUGAAAACCCUAGAAACGUUGGGUCCUUCAAGAGGGAGGAUCCCAACAUUGGCACAGGACUGGUUGGAACACCUGCCUGCGGGGACGUGAUGGCCCUCCAGAUUAAGGUCGAUGAGUCCG